CUCAAGUUUAGUCAUUCAUUUUUCGCCAAUAUCCAAGUGCCCAGCCGGUUAGCCACGCGCUUCUUUGUGAAAAUUUAAGCAAAAAGAGAACAAAGAUAGUCAUAUUAACUAGAAUAAACCGUGGAAAUUAAAGGGGAAUAUUUGUGCGUUUUUCUUUUGCAAACGUUUACGAAUUAAGAAUUGCACAAAUUUGGAUUGGAAGGUGGCAAAUUAAUGCAGUAAAUUGAAACGAAGUAACAAAAAAUAAGUGUGAGACAUCAUCCCAAUUACAUAUAAAAUAACACCGAGAUCAUAGCAACACUCAAAAGACGAAUAAGCAACAAAGAAAAAAAGCGAAGUCAGUGGAAGUAAAGAAAUAAAGAGGAAAAAAGAGACAAAUCAAUCAUUGACAGGCAACGAACGGAACGAAUCGAUAGCAACCAGACGAACAAAAAACGUUUUGCAUUUAAAGGAUUUAUAAGUAUUGCAGAGCAAAAAGGAUUAUAACAACGUGCAUUGAAAAGACGUUCGUUUCGCAGUUAAUUUUCCAUUGAGUCAACGAUUGGAGUCCAGUGCAAAAACAAGUGUUAUCAUGAUGCAUCCACAAAUAACUAUGCAGUUGAUACAAAUCUUGGAAAAGACUGUUUCACCAGACAAAAAUGAAUUGCUCUCGGCGAAAAACUUCUUGGAGCAGGCUGCCGAAAGUAAUUUGCCGGAAUUUCUCAAGGCAUUAUCCGAUAUACUGGUCACUGUUACCAAUAGCCCUGUGGCUCGUAUGGCAGCUGGUCUGCAAUUGAAGAAUCAUUUGACUAGUAAGGAUGAGAAUAUUAAUUUACAAUAUCAACAGAGGUGGCAUCAAUUUCCAGAAGCCACAAAGGAAUACAUCAAGAAGAAUAUCCUUGAUGCUUUGGGUACCGAAAAUACCCGACCAUCUUGUGCUGCUCAAUGUGUUGCCUAUGUUGCUGUGGCAGAAUUGCCCAUCAAUCGUUGGGGAAUGCUUAUACAGACACUGGUAAAUAAGGUGGUAAAUGCUGGCUCCAGCGAAAUGGAUCGUGAGGCGGCUUUAGAAGCAAUCGGCUAUAUUUGCCAAGACAUACGUUAUGGUGUCUUGGAAAAUCAAUCGAAUCAAAUUCUAACAGCCAUCAUUCACGGCAUGCGUAAACAGGAGCCAAGUAAUCAUGUACGUUUGGCAGCUACAACGGCUUUGUUAAAUUCCUUGGAGUUCACAAAGGCCAACUUUGAGAAGGAUGUUGAGCGUAACUAUAUAAUGGAAGUUGUUUGUGUUGCAACUCAAUCACCAGAUACUCAAGUGUGUGUAGCUGCUCUACAGUGCUUGGUUAAGAUCAUGUCAUUGUACUAUCAGUAUAUGGAACCUUAUAUGGCACAAGCUUUGUUCCCCAUUACAUUGGAAGCCAUGAAAUCCGAAAAUGAUCAAAUUGCUCUGCAAGGUGUAGAGUUUUGGUCCAAUGUCAGCGAUGAAGAAAUUGAUUUGGCCAUUGAAAAUCAAGAGGCCAAUGAUGCCGGUCGCCCGCCUACGCGUGUUUCGAAACAUUACGCAAGAGGUGCUCUCAAGUUUUUGGUCCCCGUUCUUGUGGAAAAACUUACAAAGCAAGAGGAAUGUGAGGAUGAGGACACCUGGAGUCCAGCCAAGGCUUCUUCUGUGUGCCUUAUGCUCUUGGCCACAUGUUGUGAAGAUGAAAUUGUACCUCAUGUAUUUCCCUUCAUUAAAGACAACAUUGAGUCGGCAGAUUGGCGUUUUCGUGAUGCUGCUGUCAUGGCAUUUGGUUCUAUUCUAAGUGGUAUUGAGGCCAAUACUUUGAAAUCGUUGGUAGAGCAGGCUAUGCCAACUCUAAUUCGUUUGAUGUAUGAUCAAAGCGUGAAUGUUCGCGAUACGACCGCUUGGACCUUUGGACGUAUCUGUGAUAUAAUUCCUGAUGCUGCCAUCAAUAAAACAUAUUUGCAGCCAUUGUUGGAAUGUUUCAUUCAAAGUUUAAAGGCCGAACCACGUGUCGCUGCCAAUGUUUGCUGGGCAUUCAUUGGUCUGUCGGAUGCCGCCUAUGAAGCAGCUGAAGCCAGUGAAAGUGAAACACCAGAAACCUAUUGCCUUUCACCAUAUUUUGAGUACAUAAUUACCCAACUUUUGGAAACCACUGACCGUCAGGAUGCCAAUCAAGGAAACUUGCGUGCAGCUGCUUAUGAAGCACUUAUGGACAUGAUCAAGAACUCGCCCCUGGAUUGUUAUUUGAUUGUUCAGCGUACAACAAUUGUCAUUUUGGAACGUCUUAAUCAAGUUUUGCAAAUGGAAACUCACAUUUCCAGUCACAACGAUCGCCACCAGUUCAAUGAUUUGCAAUCUCUGCUCUGUGCUACACUGCAAAGUGUAUUGCGCAAAGUACGUGAAGAUGAUGCACCACAAAUUUCGGAUGCCAUUAUGACAGCACUACUCACCAUGUUCAGUUCAAGCUCGGGUAAAUCGGGUGGUGUCCAGGAGGAUGCCUUCUUGGCUGUAUCCACCUUGGUGGAAUUAUUAGGAUUGAAAUUCGUCAAGUACAUGGAUGCUUUCAAGCCAUUCUUGUAUAUGGGUUUGAAGAAUCACCAGGAAUAUCAAGUUUGUUGUGCAGCAGUAGGCCUAACCGGUGACAUAUGCCGUGCUCUCAAGCAGCUCAUUAUUCCCUACUGCGAUGAAAUAAUGAAUCUCCUUUUGGCCAACUUGUCCGAGCCUACGUUGCAUCGUAGUGUCAAACCACAAAUAUUGUCCGCAUUUGGCGAUAUGGCUCUCAGUAUUGGCGGUGAAUUUGUAAAAUAUCUAAAUGUUGUCUUGGAGAUGUUGAGAGCUGCAUCACAACUUGAGGUCGAUCCCAACAGCUACGAUAUGGUUGAAUAUUUGAAUGAAUUGCGUGAAAGUGUCUUGGAAGCUUAUACCGGUAUUAUUCAAGGUCUGAAGGGCGUUGAAAAAACACCACAUCCAGAUGUCUUCCAUUUGGAACCACAUCUCGGACACAUACUUAUGUUUAUCAAGCGCAUUGCGGACGAAGGCGACAAUCCGGAUUCUAUGAUUGCCAGCGCCGCAGGUUUCAUUGGCGAUUUGUGCAGCGCAUUUGGUCCCCGCCUAUUGCCUUUGGUCGAUAAUACCACCAUUACACAAUUCUUAUCCGAAGGCAAACGAUCAAAAUCCAGUCGCACCAAGUCUCUGUGUAACUGGGCCCUGAAAGAAAUCAAGAAAUUACGCGAUCAACAGCCAAUAGCCCAGUAAAUUGAAGUGAAGUUCAUAUUUUAAGGAGAUACUUUAAGAAUUUCCAAAAAAAUAAUCGUAAUUUUUUAAAAAGAAAAUGCAAAUUCCUGUUCCCGCCCUUCUACACAUUAAUAUAAAUUAUUUUUUCGCAAUUAAGGUAAAUCAACGAAACAAAAAAACCAAACAGUAAAUAAAUGGCUUUGUUUAAAUUAUUUUGGUGUGCCGAGAAUAAUCACUACGAACGAUAAAAACAAAACUCAUCCAAAGGUGCAUUGUUUUCUUUUGUGUAUGUAUAUGUAUUUAAAAUUAUUUUUUAUAUGAAAUUUCCAUUCUAAGAGAAAAUCGAAAAGAUUAUAAUUUUUUUUUUUUGUAAUUUUUUUAAGUUUUUUUUUUUUUGCUAUUUAUUGAGAAUUUUCUUCUAUCCUAUUUGACUAAGUCACCAACAUUUUCAUUUCGAAGCUUAUGAUUUUUUCUACAACUAUUUAUUUAAAAUUUCCGAAAAAACAAAGAUCAUCUUACAAAAAAUGAAUGUACUUCUGUAAUGUAUUUAGGUAUAUCUUUUCGUUGAUUUUUUUCUUUUUUCCAUAAACUAUAUCUGUCGAGCAUUUUCUCUAACAAUAUUAAUAAAUACCAACAAAAAUUGGUUUAUAUAAUUAAAUGCAUAAAAAACCACCUUACUACAUGCAAAUCGUAAAAUAACACUGUAUACAAAAAAACACCUAUUAUUAAUUUAUAACAUUCAUUUGUUUUUAGUUCAUUUAAUUAUUAAAGAAAACUAGAUAUUUUCCCUUCGCUUAUUUCCCACACAACACUAAAUAUUUAGUUCAUAUAUUUUUAUAAAAUACAGUUAGUUUUCAUAUGAAAAUAAUCACAUUUCUCUUUCUUUUUUCAAAACCGUUUAAAAAAUUCGAAAACUUGCAAAACUAAUUACUCCCUUAUAACAAAAGAAGAUUUGUGUUUAAUUUACGUUUUUUCCUUUUUAAAAUAUUUUUUGGUUAUUUUUGAAAAAAAAAAAAAUGAAUAUUCAAAAAUAAUUGAAAAGAAAAAAAUAAUGAAACGAUACACAACAAUGGACCGGUCAAGCUUCUAUUUACGCAAACACAAAAUAACGAAUAAUUUCGUUCUUUGUGUAAUUUUUGGCUUGAAAUUGAAUCAAUAAAUAAUUGUUAUUUUUAUAUGAUUUGGAAUACUCACUCUAUAUAAGGAGAUUUUGUAAUUACUAUUUGAAUUAUCGAUCUUCUGUUUUUAUACCCUACACCACAAGGUGGUCAGGGUAUUAUGUCUUUGUGCAUUUGUUUGUAACAGGCAAAAGGAAACGAGAUAAUAGACCCAUAGUUCCUUUUGAUGAUCUGCAUAGAAUCACAUUCUGAGUCAAUUUAUGCAUGUCCGUCCGUCUGUCCAUGUAUUUUUAUAAACAAAGAAAGUACAGGUCUCAUUAAUGCACGAUUCAGAUGAAAUUUUGCACAAGUCUUUUGUUUAACCCAAGGACGAACCCUAUUUAAAUUGGAGAUAAUCGGUCAAAAUUCAGAUAUAGGUCCCAUAUAUAUCUUCGCCCGAUUUGCUUUUUAUUGUGCACCAAACGUGUAACAUCAGCCUGAAUAGUAUACAAUUUUGCACAUACAACUAAAUCAGGCCUAAAAAUAAGUAUGCCAAAUUUGAUCGGUUCAGAUAUAGCUGUAGCUCCCAUAUAUAUUGUUCAUCCGAUUUGUUCUUUUUGUCCUCCACUGCCGAAGUAUGCACUCUGUAAUAACGAUAUUUGGGGAAAUAUAUCAAAUACAACUCAGAAAUACCUUUGCUAAAUUUUAUCUAGGUCGGUUCAGAUUUGGAUAUAGCUCCCAUAUAUAUCUUCGUACGAUUUGCCUUUUAUUGUGCACCAAACGUGUAAUAUUAUUCCCAAUGGUAUGAAAUUUGGCAUUUACGACGAAAUUGAGUCUAGAAACAAGUAUGUCAAAUUUGGUGAAAAUCGGUUCAGAUAUAGCUAUAGCUCCCAUAUAUAUUGUCCAUUCGAUUUGCUGAAUUUGUCCUGCACAGCCGUAUCAUAUCAUAAAUAGAUAGUAUCAUAAAGUCGGCUCCACCCGACUUUAAGACUUUCUUUACUGUUUUUUAUUUUUUUGCUAGAACCUUGAAAGUCUAGUGGAAACCUUCAUUUCAAACAACUUAUAUAUAACUUAAAUUAAAAAAAAUAUACCAAUAUGUUUUUUGUUUGUGUAAACAGAAGCUCUUUGAGUCCACCUUUGUUACCGUGUAUCUAAUUUAUGAUUUUUUUUUGAAACUAUUCUUUCAACAAAUUUUCUAGUAUAUUCGAAAAUACACAAGUAAUUGAUAUAUAGCUUAAAAUCUUUAGGAAAAAUUAUUCAACAAAAAAAGUAUAAGAAGAAAAAAAAAACAAUUUUCAAAAUAUAAAAAAAACAAACCGAUAGUAUAUAAGAACACAUAAUUUUUCACAUUGUGUGAAUGGAAUUUUGAGUGAAAUAAAAGUGAACUGCUGCAUGAUGUGAAUUUAUGAAAAAAAAAAAAAUACAAUUAUGUAUGAAAUUAUAUGCUGUGCAUGUGUGUAAGUAUGAAUCUAGUAUUCUCUAGUGUGCGAGUGCAAAUGUUUUGCCUGUGCGAGUAUAUUUGAAUUUAUUAUUUAUAAGCGAAGUAUGAUUGUGAUAAUUAUUUUUUCUUUAACAUUAAAGCGAGUGCAUAUUGAUUAUGUGUUUGAUCUAGAUAUAUAUAUUGUGUGAAUGUGAAUAUAUUUAAUAUGGUGUGAAUGUGAAAUCCAUAGACAUGGCUUACAAAGAUACCCAACGCCUUUAUGUUUUCAAAUUCCGAAGUUGCCAAAAAAUAUUUCAAAUAAACAACCGUAAUCGGUUGCAAUUCAGUUGCCACCACAAAAGGGGACCGGCGUAAGAAAAUUAUUUGGUCAAUCCGGAGGCCUUUUAAUACACUGUGGAUAAGAAAUACUGAAAAGAAAUUUAAUUGAUAUAUAGUUGGUUGCGAAGGUGGAGGUUCGUGUAGCAGCAGCAGUAUAUAACAAAUCUAAGAUUCUGCUCGAUCUGGAGACCUUUUGUGCUCAUCAACCGAAAUAUAUAGAGAAAAAAUAUUGGAAGGACAUUAAUUUGAUUUAGAAACACGGCGAAUACCAGCAGAUUCUUUGUUUAAACAAUCACCCCCCGAACCGAUCGCGUCCCUUUAUACCCUUCCCGAAAAUUUUUAUUUAUAUGUUGUGUCUAUAUCCUCGCGAGUUUGCCAUUUGUCUCUAAUAUGAAAGAACCGCAGUAUGUGGCAUUCUUUUCAAUUUGUCUUGGAGCCUGCAAAGUAAAACUCAAAGCUUCCAGAAGACUCAAUCUCUCUUGUCUAGUAGAACAAAAAAAAAAAAAAAAAAAAAAAAAAAAAAAAAACACGGUGUGGUAUUCAAAGGCUGGUCUUUAUUCCAUAACGAUUUUCAAUUUGUCUUGGAGUAAUUCAGGGUUGAGAAUCUACUACUGCUACCUUAUUGAUAACAAAGCUUGCAAGUAAGACUCAAAGCUUCCAGAAGACUCAAUCUCUCUUGUCUAAUAGAAAAAAGUGUGUGGUAUUCAGGACUGGUCUUCUUUCUAUAACUAUUUCAAAGUGACUGGGUAUGAUUCAGUGUCGAGAAUUAAGGGUAAGUUGACUUCACCUCUCGUUUCUUUUACCAUCUUAAAUGCUUGUUUAUUGUUGUGAGUCACAUUUUUCAAUCGAAUAGUUUCUAAAUAGUCAUUUUAUGCAUUCAAAGGAUUGAAAUUUCAGAAUAACAACCAAUUUGAGAUCUGUAUCGAAGGCCUUUCUCCAUCUUAAAUUUGUAUGUGUAUAUGGAUAAAUUAAAUUUCAGUUCCACUCUCCUCUCAACAUUAUCAGAAUUAUUGUAGUGAUACACAAAGGUAUUUGAAAGCUUCAUGCAGCAAAUCUAAAGAGGUGAUUUUAUAUUAAAUUUUAAACAAAUAAAUGGAAAAUAAAUUAAACAAAUAAAUGGAAAAGUAUAUAUUCGGUUGGUCAACUUCAAAUAUUUAGUUACAUUUUUAAUUUCAUUGACUCUAAAUUUCCAUUUUGAAUUAUCAAACGGUUGAAUCUUCUUCAAGAAAAUCUCUGAAUUCAUUUUAUACCAAAUUUUCAAAAAAAAAAAAGGUUAACAUUUUUAUAUAGUGCUAUCUAUUGGCUUCUUCUUAAGGAGUUUUACCCCAUCUGUAUACGACAUCCUAUAUUUUGUUUUGAAGUUUGAAAUAACUUGGCUCUGCGACUACUUUGGGUAUCGUUCAAGCCCUGUCUAUCUAAAGUGUGAAUGUUGAAUUUGAAAUCUUUUUUGCUCCCCCUCUAUAUGUAUGAAUAGCCGAAUCCGCAUUUAAUUUUGUGUGACUGCAAAUAAAAUUGCAAAAAAUAAUAUUAUAUUUUUUGUCCUGUCCGUUGUCCGUCCGCCUUAAUCUACAGACAUAUAUAAUAAUGUCUGAUUAUGCAAUUCAUAUUUAAUUAUUUUUUCUCAAGUGUGAAUGUGUGCAAAUAAAUUUUGUGUUUAAACUAUUACAAUUUUGUUUGUUUGUGUCAAACAAUUGAUUUCAAAUACUUUAUGAUUGAAGACUUAUUAUUGCGCGCGUGCGUGCUUGUGUGAUAUUAAUUGUAAGUUAAGUUAAAUGAGAAUAAAAAAAAACAACAACAACAACACUUAGAUUCUAAGAAUACAAAACCAACAACAAGAAACAUUAAACUAGCUCAAAAAACAAAUACAAUAAAGGAUUUUAAACGGAUUUGAGAUUCGCCAAAAAUUAAUGAAAUUGAAACAAAAACAAAAUAAUGAAUAAGAAUUUUUAUAUUAAAAAAAAGAAAACAAAUGUUUUUUUCUGUAAAGAUGAUGAGAUGAAACACAACAUAACAUACAAUUGUUUUUUGUUUUUAUUUUACACAUAUAAAAUAUAUUUUUUUAUUAUUUAAAAAAAAAAAAAAAAAAAAAAAAAACAAGAAACACCUUAAAACAAAACUAAACCAAACCAACACAUUACUACUAGACAUACAUACUAGAGACUACGUACGCGUACUAUUAGACUUUAUACAUACUUUUAUACAAUGAACUAACGAGAAACAACGUUGAAAAAUAAGGACUUAAUGAAAACAACAAAAACAAACAACAACUGACGACUUAAUGCCUCGUACAAAUUUAGAAUUUUAGAUUAAUUAUAAAUAUAAAAAAAUUAAACAAGAACAGCAAAAAAAGAACACAGAAACUUGAAAACAAGCCAAGCCACACAUUAGGAUAUAAAAUCACUAAGAAAGAUAUUUGAGAAAUGGUUAAUUUUUUUCAGAUACCUCUAUUGCAGAGGAAUUAAUUGGGGGGAAAUAUAUCCUCGUUGUCAUUCAUUAAAGCGACUCCUAAUCCUAAUUAUUACUUGUUUUCAACGCAAACCCUUUGUAAUUAAAACAUCUAAGAAUGGGACUAUUUAAUUUUUAGCCAAAAUUUUAAUUCAAGUUGCUACGUUUUCUGUAACUCCAAUAUCUAAAAUUUGAAUAGAGAUUGAAUAGAAUUAAGAAUCUUUGGUACCCUAUUACAAUUGUCCUGGAGGAGGAUCAUAUCAAGAUGCAGAAUAUGAGGCCUUAUAUUAUUUAUGAUAACCACCCUUCUUCAAAUCUAGAGGAAUUUCCUUUUUCCCAAACAAUAACAAAACUCUCACAUGGGGAUUUUCAAUGAAAUUUCUUAAAAUUGUUUUUAUACCCUCAGUCAUAUGGAUAGAGAGGAGGGUAUAUAUCAUUUGAUACGUGCCUAGUCGAAAUAACAGUUUUCGAACCUAGGUCUCUUUGGAACAAAACCGUUUCAGGACAUUUGGUGUAUAGGGGACCGCUCCUUCUGGUACCUCCCACACAAGGGGUCAAACUUUUGAACAACAAAUGCGAAAUAAGUAUUCGAUUAUUUUCAAUCCAUCUCAACAUUUCUACCAAAACAAGAUGUAAUGUGAAGAUGGGAUAUAUCGGACCACUCCUUUGAAUACCUUCCCACAAAGGGUCAACAUUUGGAAUAUCUACAAUGCUUAUAAAAUGCGAAAUAUGUAUCAGAUUUUCUUUAAAUUUCGCAAAUCCCAAAAUUUUAAACAUUACAAUAUAUGAUGCGACUCCACUCCUUCUAAUACCUCUUCCACAACGGGUCAAAAUUUUGCAUAUUAAUAACUUACAAAAUGUGAAAUAGGAGUCCUAUUGUCUUCAAAUUUCGAACAUCCCAAUAUUUCUACCAACACAAGAUCAGGUACUCAUAAUCCAAAGCUGUCACCUCUAAUUAUUAUAUCAGAGUUAGGUCAUAAGCGAAAUGGACAAUAUUGUUCUACUCCAUCGGUAGCUCUCCUAUAGAGGGUCAACAUUUGGAAUAAUAAUAAAAAAUGUCAAAAUAUAUUUGAAUAAAUGGAUAAAGGCUGAGGAAAUCAAUCUGUCGGCAAAACCGAGUGGUACUUUUAAACUGGUUUUUAAUAUAAUUUUUUUCCUUUAAGGUUCAAAACAUCUUCCCUUCUAACUCUAGAAAAUAAAAAUUGAUAUUUGAAUGUCGACUUGGAUAUUAUUUCAGAUAUUCUGAAUAACAAUUCCUCGAUGAUUUGUAUCCUCUUCUUUGAUAUCAUAAAUAUUAUUUCAUUUAUGAUCCAUUUAAUACUUGCAAAUGGGUUAUUGUGGUCUUUGACAGGGCCCAAUAGACAAUGAAAAAUGUCAAGGCAAUUUCCCUUUACUUACGCCAUCUGUCGUUCUUAUGAAAAUGAAAAACGAUAUUUCAUGAAUGACAAAAAAAGUUUUCUCCAUUAAAUUCCGUGUUAGAAUUAUAUUUCAUUUUCUUUAAUGUGGAGUUUUGCAAUGAAGGACAAAAAAGGGUUUGAUUUCAAUGGCGCCUCGAAAUUUUGUGGACCUCAUAACCACGUGAUGAUAAAAGAAAAUUAAUUAAAAUCGUUUUUUAUCAAAAUUGGAUUUAAUCUACAUUUCCUUUUUGUUUUCUUGUAAAAAAGACUUAAAAUUUAAACAUUCUAUACAUUGUACAGACUUACUAUACACACACAACAAGUGACAAACAUCAACAUAUGUACGAACAACUCACGCGACUUGAAACGACGAAUUAUUGGAAGACAUUUUUUGAAUAAUAUAAAGACAUACAUAACAAAGAAAAACUAUUUUACUUAAAAAAAAUACAGAAACUAAAUUGUAAUUAAAGUAUUAAAAAUUUGCUAAAUAAAUGACCGUUUAAGAUCUUUUACACAUAAUGAAUAAAUACAACAUAACAACAACAACAAAAGAACAUAUGAAGAAAUACAUCAUAACAAAUGUAUUUUAUUUACACUACAUCACUUUUUUAAUCCAAAAUCUCCUUUUAUUAAAGAUUAAUUUGAAAAGGAAACAAAGGAUUUUAUUUCCUGUAAAUUUUAAAUCCUACAGGGCUGGGCCAUUAAUGUUUUUGAAUGAAAUUAAUAUAUAAUUUUUUUUUAUAAUAAACCAAACAGCGGUAUUUUAUUUUGGAUUGAAACAGCAUUUCAGUCUUCCUUUAUCCAUUUAGAGCCCAAUUUUUUAUACGAGAACAAAUUUAAAAAAAAAGAAAUUGUCUUAGGCCAUAUGAGGACGAUCCUCUUUCAUUUAAUUUUUAAAUCAAACAAAAUUAAAAAAAAAGUUAUACCAUGAAACGUACAUUCUUUGCUAUUUUGGAAUUUGUGGACUACAUUUUUUCUGUCAUGUAUUAGAUUUUUAAUUUUGAGAUCUUCUCAGGACCCUCAAAAUCUUUCGGAUUAAAAAAGUGAUGCGAGCUCAUUGUAUCUUAAGUAGUGAGUGAGAGUGUGUGCGUUUGUGUGUUUGUAUGUAUGUGUGCGUGUGUGUGAAAGAAUUUUCUUCUUUUAUUAUUUUUCAUACUCUUAAUUUUGGUGUGAGAUUGAAUCUGAUGUGUGUGAUAAUUUAUGAUGAUGAUGUACACUUUGGUAUGGAUGUCUCAACAAAUUUCUAUUUACAGUUCUAUUAGUUAAGCUCUAUAUCUAACAGAAAAAAAAACAAAACAAUCUUAAGCGAAAUCGUCGAAAGAAAAAAAAAACCAAAUACCUGCUGCUACAUAACACUCGUAUAUCGAUCCGAGGAGAUUUUUUGACCGACCACCCAAGCAGUAGAGAGCGUGAAUGUAAGUUUUUGUACAAAAUGUAUAUAUUUUUUAUUUUAUUUACAUUUUUAGUUUGUAUUAAUUGUUAAUAAUUUAUUUAGUGACUCUUUAGGAACUAUCGUUAUUUUUUCUGAGGGUAAUUCGCAUAGCAAAGGAAGUUUUUCGUUAAGGGAGAUCCUGCUUGAUGAUCUGAGGAUGAGCAAAUACUCUGGAGUUGGCAACUGCUUCAAUCGUAUACCAUUGGCCCAUUAUGUUCAUCUUAGAAGUAUUAGUGGUGAUAGAAAAGAUAUAAAUCGGGAAACAGAAGGGUCGGUAUUAAAUUCCCCUCGACUUCUUGUUCCGGAAUUCCCGUACGACGGGCGUCCACAGAUAUAGUUGAUUAUCCAACGUUUCAAACUUGGGCGGAGGGUAGUCUUCUACACGUCCUCAAACAGUAUGGCAUAAUGGACCGUAUCACCUUGAUAAGUCAAGGGCUACCAACACUGUUUUUUUCAAACGGUUUGUUCUGGUUCAAUCCUCUACAAAUAUGUGUGGUAAUGUGGUACUAUGUUGUGGACGGAAUCCGUGCUGAUGGUUGGCAAGUGGAUAGCUUCGCCUAAUGCUGGGAAGGAGUAAAGCCUCGCGAGUCUUAGCUACGGUAGUCAAGACCACUGUUAUCUAAUCUUGAGAUCAAAUAUUUGAUAUUUCAUUGUCCAAUCAAUAUAUGCCCACCACGAUUCUUAGAGCAGGCCUACCAAUAGAUAGAAAGGGUCAGGUUCUUCUUUUCGAGAUAGCCGGUCGGACAGAUAGCUCUACAUAAAAUUUAUUCUCCAAAAUUGUAUUUGAACUCUUGAUCCAUAAAAAUUAAAAAUUCGAAAUAUGUAUAGGGGGCGACCAUGAGCAAUACCUAAACUUUAUGGCGUAUAAUUGUUUUCUAAGAGUUACUAAUUAAUUUAUUAACAAUUAUUUAAUAAUGCCUUAAAAAGACAACUUUUUAUAACGAAAUCUAUUUACUUUUCCAGGUGUUAAUUUAGAAAAAAAAUGCAAAAAUUUUCUAAAAUGUGUGACUGGUGGUUCUAAAUAAAUGAUAAUUAAUGGUGGUGAUGAUGUUGGUGAUAUGAUAUAUGACAAUGAUGUUGUGAAAGAUAAUUCUUAAGAGCGUGAAUGGUGGACACAAACCAAACGUUUUAAUGAAUGAUGAUGAUGAUGAGGAUGAUAAUGGUGAUGAUUGGUUUCAUUUACAUUGAUAACAUAACAGAAUACCAAAAUAAACAAAACAAAAAAAAAACCACUUGAUGAUAAUGGGUAUAAAUUUCCAUGUACCUUAAUCUUCUUCAAGCCACAGCCCCCCACAUACACUGAAGAUGGAAACAUAACCAAAAAAAAAAAAAAAACUUAUGAGAGAUCGUAUUAAUUUAUUUAUUUUUUCCUUCUAAAGAAUGGUAUCACCCACCACCCCCAAAUAUCCAUCUUUGAUCCUUGGCCAUUCUCGAUGUCGUAGAGUAAUUUAUGAUUAACGAUUUUAUGUGUGUGCGGCGGGUGCUCAUCAUUCCAUUUUGUGUAUUGUUCAUAAAGCAAUGUAAAUGAUAGUAUUUUGUAUUUGAUAUAACUAAAAAAAAAUAUGAUAGUGAUGAUGAUAAUGAUGAUUAGUAUAAUAACGUUGAUGAUGAUAAUUAUGAUAAUGUAAUAAUGAAUUUGUUUAAUUCGUAUGAUUGUGUGUGUAAUCUAUAGAAAAUAAUUAUGUAUGUAAUGUGAAUCCUUAGAGUAAUAUUACCAUGAGUAUGUGUGAUUGUAUGAAUGAUAUUAACAUUUGUAAUAGAACUCAAAAUAACAUUCGAAAACAAAUAACAACUUAUGACAUGUAACAACAAUUGAACAUUCAAAACAAGAAAAAAAAAAGUCUUCUACUCAGAAACCACAUUUGAACGGACCAAACAACCAACAAAACAUUAACAAAAGUGCUUAAUAACAAUAGAAACACGUGACUUUUACCAUUGACUGAAACUUUUCAAAAAUAAGCAAAAUAGAAAAUAUAAUCAUUUUAAGGACAGUUUUUUGAAAGUAAAAACAAGUGGAACAAAAAAGCAAUAGUAGCAAACACAUUUUUUUACUAAACAGAGAAUAACAAUUCGAUACUGAGAAGUUGGAAAAAAUACUUGUAAUGUGAUUUGGGAACCAGAUUAUAAAACUAAUUAUUAAAAAGACCAUAGUAGAAGACUAGAGGAAGGACACUUCCAUUAUUAUCCUCUUCAUAACCAUACGUUAGAAAUACUACUUAAAAGAAAGUCAUUCAAAAUAGUUCUAUAUAUCUAGAAAAAGACCUUAUUAGAUGGUAUUCUAUCGUAAGAAAUCUAAUCGCUUGAUCUUCCAUCAAUAGAAGAACACCAUACUCACCCCUAUUAUGAAAAUAAUUUCCCAUACAUUUUGUUCCCAUUUCCCGUUGUUGUUGUUAUUAUGAAUUUUUUUCCCAGAAAUAGUAAUGUCCGAAUGUGAAUUCCGGUAUUAUGAAACGAAAUGGGAAUUUUUUUUUUAAUUGCAUGGGAUUUUUAUACCCUACACCACAAGGUGGUCAGGGUAUUUGUCUUUGUGCAUUUAUUUGUAACAGGCAAAAUUAAUCGAGAUAGACCCCCAUAGUUCCUUUUGAUGAUCUGCAUAUGAUCACAUUCUGAGUCGAUUUAUGAAUGUCCAUCCGUCUGUUUGUCCGUCAGCCCAUGUAUUUUAGUAAAUAAAGUACAGGUUGCAUUUAUUGUCCGAUCUAGAUGAAAUUUUGCACAAAUCAUUUGUAUGACCCAAGGACGAACCCUAUUUAAAUUGGAGAUAAUCAGACGAAAUUUAGAUAUAUCUCCCAUAUAUAUCUUCGUCCGAUUUCCUUUUAUUGUGCACCAAACGUGUAAUAUCAGUCAAAAUUGUAUGGGAUUUGGCACUUACGACCAAAUUGAGCCUAGAAACAAGUAUGUAAAAAUUGGUGAAAAUCGGUUCAGAUUUAGCUAUAGCUCCCAUAUAAAUUGUUCAUCCGAUUUGUUAUUUUUGUCCUCCACAGCCGAAGUAUGCACUCUGUAACAAAGACAUUCGAGGAAAUAUAUAUAAAAAAACUCAGAAAUACUCAGAAUAAACUCAGAAAUACCUUUGCCAAACCUCGUCCGAUUUGCUUUUUAUUGUGCAACAAACGUAUGGAAUUGUAUGGAAUUUGGCGCUUACGACUAAAUUGAGUCUAGAAACAAGUGUGUCAAAAUCAACUAUAGUUCCCAUUUAUAUUAUUCAUACGAUUUGUUAUAUUUGUCCCCCACAUCCAUAAUAUGCCCUCCGUAACAACGAUAUUCGAGGAAAUAUAAAAAAAAAAUAUUUUGUGAAAACUCCUAUUUAUUCUUUAAUAGGGGUGACUGGUAUUUAUUGAAAUACCUUUGAAUGGUUCUAUGUCUAUGGAAGGUCAUUUGAAAUGUUUUAUAUCUACAUUUUAUGAUCUGAAGGAGUGAAUUGUCUUUAUAAAGAAGGACAUUUAUAUGAUCAUUAAUAAUAGCAAAAAGUGUUUUUAUUGUCUUCUAUCUAAGCGAGUGCUCUGUUCCAGAACCUUAAAGAAUCUACCAGUUUUAAGUAUCGUUUCGAUAUCAUAAAGAAUAAAUAAGAUAUCGUAGUAACAUUUGUUACAUUCUUGCAGUUCUGGAUCAGAGCAAAAGCCAUUUCAUUUGAUCUGUAUUAACAGAUGACAAAUUUAAUGUUUUUUUUUUUUUUUUUUUUUUCAAAAAAAUAAAAUAGAUUUUGAAGUACCCUCAAAUGUAGGUAUUUCAAUACAAAAUUGUUUCAUCGGGAAAAAGAAACAUUACCAGUAUUUUUUCCAACCUAUAACAUCGCAUAAUUUUACAUAAAAUUUAAAUGACAAUUAUCAUUUCAAAAAUAAAUUUUAUAGAAAAUAGGGAAAAGACAAAAGCAACAAGGACAAAGAAACAUAUAUUCGAAUGUUAAGAAUAAUAUAUAGGGCGAGUCGUCGUCGUUUUUUUAUUUUAUCAUUGAUUUUGUUGUGAUAUUUGUGUAUGUAGUGUGAAUUUGAAUGAUUGAGUGAGUGUGAUUGACGCGUGCGUUUGUUAUCCUCAAUACCUUAUCAUAUUUGCGUACAAAACUACAUAAAAAAGAUUGUUUGUAUGUGUAAGACUGUGUGUAUGAGUUUAUUGUGUGCCUCUGUCCCAUCAUCCAACUUAAUUUUGUAUAUUAAAAAAAUUCUUAGUUUAAAAAAAACUAC